UCGGCAUGUCAACAGAAAGCCGUGUCCGAACAUAGGCCGUGUGUGUGGAUUCCAGCUGGAUAGUUCUUCCCUAUCAAAAAUGAGCGGCUCAAAGCCGGACAUCCUCUGGUCUCCGCAUCACGUGGACCGUUACGUGAUCUGUGAUUCGGAGCUCAGUCUGUAUCGGAUCGAGUCCCUGGGCAGUACUGAGGCCAAAGCUGGGGUGAUCCAGCUGUCGGAGGAGACUGCUGCCACCUUGCUGGCCAUCAACUCAGACACGCCCUACAUGAAAUGUGUGGCCUGGUACCCAAAGCACGAACCCGAGUGCCUGUUGGCUGUGGGCCAGGCCAAUGGCCGCGUUGUCCUUACUAGCCUGGGCCAGAGCCACAACUCCAAGUGCAAAGAGCUGAUGGGGAAAGAGUUUGUUCCCAAACAUGCACGCCAGUGCAACACUCUCUCCUGGAACCCAGCGGACAGCAACUGGUUGGCCGCUGGUCUGGACAAGCACCGAGCUGACUUCUCCGUCCUAAUCUGGGACAUCAGUAGCAAAUACGCUCCCGAGGCCACUGUGCCCCCUGAGAAGAUCCGCCUUCCAUCUGGGGAUGCAGACGUCGGCACGGUGGUUACAAAACCUCUGUAUGAGCUCGGUCAGAACGAUGCCUGCCUGUCUCUCUGCUGGCUCCCCCGUGACCAGAAGCUGCUGCUGGCCGGCAUGCACCGCAACCUGGCCAUUUUUGAUCUGCGCAACACAAGCCAAAAGAUGUUUGUCAACACCAAAGCUAUCCAGGGUGUGACAGUGGACCCCUUCUUCCAUGAUCGCGUGGCCUCUUUCUUUGAGGGCCAGGUGGCCAUCUGGGACCUGCGUAAGUUCGAGAAACCCGUGCUGACUCUGAGCGAGCAGCCAAAGCCGCUCACCAAGGUGGCGUGGUGCCCGACGCGUGCUGGCCUCCUGGCCACGCUAACACGCGACAGCAAUGUGGUGCGCCUGUAUGACAUGCAGCAUGCACCCACGCCCAUUGGUGAUGAGACAGAGCCCACCAUCAUCGAGCGCAGUGUACAGCCCUGUGAGAGCUUCAUCAGCAGCUUUGCCUGGCAUCCAUCAGCACAGAAUCGCAUGGUGGUGGUGUCUCCCAACCGGGCCAUGACAGAUUUCACAGUGUUUGAGCGCAUCUCCCUGGCCUGGAGCUCUACUAGCUCACUGAUGUGGGCCUGUGGGCGCCACCUCUAUGAUUGUGCAGAGGAGCGCACUGGGAGUGAGGCAGCUGUCGAGAGUGACAUAGCAACAAAGAUGAGGGCACGAGCCCAGUCACGUUAUGGCCAUGACACAGUGCAAGUGUGGCGGAACUAUGUACUGGCAGGGGGAGAUGAUCCCCAACUUAAGUCUCUUUGGUACACUCUCCACUUUAUGAAGCAGUACACUGAGGACCAGGAGCAGAAACAGCAGGGAAACAAGCAGACAGUAGUUUAUUCAGGCAUCAAGAACAUUGUGAAAUCCAGCUCUGGCACGACGGAGAGCCGACGAAGCUGGAGCGACUCAGACCGACAGGGAGACGUAGUGCGGUACCACAGCGAGGAGCGAAGCCUGGCACUGCGGCUUUGCGGAUGGAUCGGACGUGGACCCGACGUGGAUGUAGAGCCCUUCCUCAGGUCCUUGGAACAGGAGGGCGAAUGGGAGCGAGCUGCUGCUGUGGCUCUGUUUAACCUGGACAUCCGUCGUGCCAUUCAGAUCCUCAACAAAGGGGCCUCCUCUGAGAAAGGAGACCUGAACCUGAAUGUGGUCGCCAUGGCGCUGUCGGGCCACACAGAUGAGAAGAGCUCUCUGUGGAGGGAAAUGUGCAGCUCCCUUCGUCUGCAGCUGCGCAGCCCCUACCUGCGUGCCUCCUUUGCCUUCCUCACCAGCGAGCCAGGGGCAUACGAUGGUGUACUGUACGAGAGCAGGGUGGCGGUCAGGGACAGGGUGGCUUUUGCCUGUAUGUUCCUCAGCGACACUCAGCUGUCACGGUACAUUGACAAACUGACCAAUGAGAUGAAGGAAGCUGGCAACCUGGAGGGCAUCCUGCUGACAGGACUCACAAAGGACGGAGUGGAUCUGAUGGAGAGCUAUGUGGACCGGACAGGGGACGUUCAGACUGCCAGCUUCUGCAUGCUCAAGGGCUCUCCUGGGGAGGUGGUGAAGGACCCCCGGGUUCAGUGCUGGAUUGAGAACUACAGAAACUUACUGGAUGCCUGGAGGUUCUGGCACAAAAGGGCUGAAUUUGACAUCCACCGGAGCAAACUGGACCCAAGUUCAAAACCCCUUGCACAGGUGUUUGUGAGCUGUAACUUCUGCGGGAAGUCCAUCUCCUACAGCUGCUCCGCCAUGCCCCAUCAAGGCCGCAGUUUCAGCCAGUAUGGAGUGAGCGGCUCACCCACCAAGUCCAAGGUCACCAGCUGCCCCGGGUGUCGCAAGCCACUGCCCCGCUGUGCCCUCUGCCUCAUGAACAUGGGGACACCGGUGUCCAGCUGCCCAGGCACGGGCAAAUCUGAUGAAAAGGUGGACCUCAGCAAGGACAAGAAGCUAGCACAGUUUAAUAACUGGUUCACAUGGUGCCACAACUGUCGUCAUGGAGGACAUGCAGGUCACAUGCUCAGUUGGUUCAGAGAUCACACAGAGUGUCCGGUGUCGGCCUGCACCUGUAAGUGCAUGCAACUGGACACCACCGGGAACCUGGUGCCCUCCGACACCACCUAAACAUCAUCCAGCCUAGACCAACACUGUCCGGACUGUUCUACCCACUGGGAGCAGUGGGGGCAGGGUAAUGUGGACCUUUGACUAUCUACUUCUUGGCUCCAUUGGGGGGGUGGGGGAAAACAUACCCCUCCUUGCCUUUUGGCAUGGCACACACCUGCCGUCAGGAGCCUCUGAGUGGAAAGACAUCUCACUUGCACCACUAAUAUAGCAUAGAGACAAACUGGGUUUGAUGACCUCGAGCUCUGAAAAAUGACUGAAGUGUUCAAUCCCAAGUUUUGGAAAUACAUCUGAAAAUGUGUGAAGAACUGUGCAGCAGGAGGACGUGCCUAUGGAACAAGAGUGACCGAAGACUAAUUAAUGAAGGCAGUACUUUUUUGUGACCGGAUGCGUGUGCUCUAGGGAGUUGGAUGGAAGUGAGAAUAGAGGGUGUAAAAUACCAACGUCGUUUCCAUGACUACCUCUGAAGUAAAUUCCUAAUGUGCUGUUGUAAAAUCAUGUGUUUUCACUUGAGGUGAACACAGACUUGAUGUGGUAAUUGGUAAAUGGUUAGUUUUUGGAGGUUUCAGAACAGAGAUGUAGGUAAUUCACUUUCUGAAAUAUGUGCAGUAAAGUGUUAUGUAUGUCAAGUAUGACAAACCUGCAAAAUUUUCUGAAAAUUAACUUACAAUAGGAAGAGUAAAUUUGUUUUUAUGAAUGUACAGCUUACUUGUUUGCUUAUUUUCCUGUGUUUAUUGACAGAUUUCACAGC